AUUUGAUAGCCGAGUCCAAUUGCAUCAUUGACUAUCUCUCUCUCUCUCUCUCCCUCUCUCCCUUUCUCUAGUCUAUAUCCCUUUGUCUCUCUUCCAUUUCAUUGAAAUUUAUGGCCAGUGGAGGCCUUGGACUCUCCAUUGAUUCAGAUCCAAAUUCAAGCUUCUUAUACCAUAAACAAAUAGAAUUCUCAACUCUUUUCCUCAACACAACAACUCCAAAAACUUCAAGUGGAAACUUAUAUAGUCACAAAAUGGAUACCACAAACAACAAAAACAAAAACAAAAACAAAAACAAAUCUCCAUUUCAAGUCAACCAUGAAAUAUCUCAUCAACCAUUUGAUCAUGAAAUGAGACCUAUCAUCAAUGAACUAGACUUUUUCUCUCAAAACAAUAACCAUCACAAUCAUUCAUCUGCAUCUGCAUCUGCCUCUACCUCUACACCUCCCUCACUAAAUCUUCAUCAUCAUCAUAUAAAUGAUCAUUACACCGAUCCUUCUCUCUUGGAAUUCAAAGUAAACACUAGUUUGAAUCUUCUCACCACCAACACAAGCAAUGAUCAAUCCAUGAUGGAGGAAGACAUAGCAAGUGAUUCAGAAGACAAAAGAGCUAAGCUUGAGCUCGUCGUUCUUCAAGCUGAGCUUGAGAGAAUGAAGGUGGAGAAUCAUCAACUGAGGAACAUGCUUGAUGAGGGUAAUAGGAAGUACAACACAUUGCAGAUGCAUUGGAUGAGUAUGGUGCAAGACAAGAAGGUAGAGGAUUGUAAUGAAGAGCAAAAACAAGUGAUGGGUGGAAAACUUGAUGAGGAGAAACAAAAUGGGAAUGGUGGAGUUUUGGUUCCGAGACAAUUUAUGGAGCUUGGAUUGCCUGCUAAUCAUUCUGAUGCUAUUGAUGAACCAAGAAGUCAAGAUCAGUCAAAAUCACUUGCAAACAACAAUGAGGAAGGUUCCAAGGAUGAAGAACUUGUGUUAGAUCAUGACAAAAAGGAAUCUGAUCGGGGAAAUGAGAGAAACGGUAGUCCUGCUGAUCGAGUUUUAGCUGCUAAUAAUAAUAAUAAUGUUGCAAACUUUAGUCCUCAAACAAAUGUUGAACAAGCUGAGGCCACUAUGAGGAAAGCAAGGGUUUCAGUUCGAGCUCGAUCCGAGGCUAACAUGAUCAAUGAUGGGUGUCAAUGGAGAAAGUACGGACAGAAAAUGGCGAAAGGAAACCCGUGUCCUCGAGCUUAUUAUCGAUGCACCAUGGCUUUAGGUUGUCCGGUGAGAAAACAGGUACAAAGGUGUGCUGAAGACAAAACAAUACUUAUCACAACAUAUGAAGGACACCACAUUCAUGCUUUGCCUCCAGCAGCUAUGGAAAUGGUACAAACAACAUCAUCAGCUGCAAGAAUGUUGCUGUCAGGACCAAUGACAAGUGCAGAUGGACUAAUGAACCCAAAUUACCUCACAAGAGCAAUCCUUCCUUAUUCUUCAAGCAUAGCAACUAUCUCAGCAUCAGCUCCAUUUCCAACUGUUACAUUGGACCUAACUCAGUCACCAAAUCAAAACCAGUUCCCUAAUAACCACUCAAACCAGUUCCAAUUUCCCUUCCCUCAAAAUUUUCUGCCUCAGGUUUUUGGUCAGACAUUGUUGAACCAAUCAAAAUUUUCAGGACUUCAAAUGUCUCAAGAUGCAGCAAACAGUUCUCAGCAGACACCACAGAACCUUGCUGACACAGUUAAUGCUAUUGCAGCUGAUCCUAACUUCACUGCAGCUUUAGCAGCUGCUAUUACUUCAAUUAUUGGGGCGGCGCAGCCAAACAAUAACAACGGUACUAGCAAUAAUGGUAACGGUACAAUAGCUAAUAACAGUAAUGGCAAUGUUACAUCAAGUAACAAUACCAAUGGAAGCCCUAAAAUCAACAAUCCCAACUCUUCAGUAGAGUAGCUAGCUCACAAAGUGAUAACUUCAUAGCAGUCUCUCAUUUUUUGAUUAUUUUCUCUCCUUCAGUCGGGCUAAAAAAAUGUAGUACCGACAUUUUGCAUUGAAGGCGAGUCUGGAGUCCGACAUGUGGUGGUGCACGACACUGACAUAUCAUUUUUUUCAAAAAAUAAGUUGAGCUGAAUUUUUCCCCACCUCUCAACUCGAGAAAUUUUGUUAUCAGAUUGUUAAAGAUAGUUUGAGAUUUGUUAGAUGUAGCGGAAUAUUAUUUUUUGAACAAGAGAUGUAGCGGAAUAUUGUUUAUGGUAGUUACAAGUUAUUUUGAUGAACCUUGCUAUAUGGUACGACAGUUUGUGCACACAAA